GCACUCUCGCGCUGGUUCUCCGCUAAAUCGCUCUCGCGCGGGUCGUCGGCCAUUACACAUUCGGGUUUGUUCUAUUUGCGAGAAAAAUAUUAAACUUUUGUAAUCUUUCCGCGCACUGGUGAAAUCUGAACCUGGGGAAAGCCGCGUCGCGUUCCGGAUUGUGCGUUGUUUGGCGAGCGGGGAGGGGCGAGUGAUGUUGUUUUGAAGUGCGUUUCCAAAAGAAAAAGGGGGCCCACAAAAAAGUGCGUGAAAUUUCUCGGUGGUAAAGCGAAAAAAAAAGAAGGAGUGUUUGUGUGUCUCUUCCGAAUUUGUAAAUCCCCCCGCAGAAGAGAGGAGGAUGCCAUGAAAUCGGUCACGGUGACGACGACGACGAUGAAACCCGGAGGAGGAGGCCCCGACGGAAGUGGCCAACCAGCGGACCAGAAAUUGGUGGCACUGGUGAAGAAAAACGGCGAAGAAAACUGUGGUAAAUACUGUUCCCCGGAGGAACAGCCCAAACAGAGGCAGCCGCAGGGGGACAAGGCGUCGAAAAAUCACGUAGACAGUGCCGCGAAAAUCGCGACGACGACGACGAAAACGACGUCCGUACACCCCUGCACCUCCUCCUCCUCCACCCCGUCGACGACAACGGCCGCAUUUGCUAAAAAUAAUGAUAAAUGCGAAACAGCACCGGCGAAGAAGGAUAACAUCGGCAAUAGUUUGGUCAACAGCAGCGGCAGCUCCUCGGUCAAUUCGACGGGGAAAUCCGUGGCACCGUCGUCGUCGUCGACGACGACGACGCCAACGGUGGCCCCCAUCCGGAGUGAUAAUGACAUUUCCCGGAGUCACAAGAAGAAGAAAAGCAAGGACAAGGAUCGGGACCGGGAUCGCGAUCGAGAGCACAAGAAGCGUCGCCACUCGGAGCACGCCGGGUCAACGCACGGUAGUUCCGGAUCGUCAUCCCACAACAGUAGCACCAGUGCAAGCAGCAGCAGUUCCAGCUCAAAGGACAAGUCUUCGUCGGCCACGUCCUCGUCAUCCGCGUCGUCGCUGUCCAGCAAUUCUUCCUCGAGUCAGAACAAGGAAAACCAUCACGUGGGAGCGAUCGUCGCGGUCGGGACGACGCCGGUUGUCGUACCAAAGCAGGUUGAAAAACAGGUCGAGCAGAAGCAGGCUCCGGUUCCGUCGGAUUUUCCCGCCCAGAUAAAGCAGGAAUUGACGAUCGAAACCAACUUGACGGUGACGGCGACGCCGACGGGCCCGGGAUGUUUGCUUUUGAACGCCGGCGUAACGGCGGCUGCUGCGGCCGCGGCCGUUGUAGGUGGAGCGACUCCGAUAUCUCCGAUCAACUUGCUGUUGAAUCUGGAGAGGAGCAACAACGAAAACAGUACCGUCAAGAAGCAGGACGUCUUCAUCAAGAAGGAAUACAAACCACUGAAACAGGACAAAACGAGGGACGAUGUGACGAGGGCGUUGACCUUUACCGGUGAUUCCAACGGAAGUGUUGGCGGCGGAGCAGGUCCAAUCGGCAGCAGCAGCACUGGCAACAGUACAACUAACUUAACUAGUAAUAAGAACUCCAACAUAUUGAUAAAGCUCGAGUCGCCCAAGAACAUCGUGGACGACAAGGCGGCGAUCGCUGCCAUCGCGAAGAAGGAGAUCGUGGUCGAGCCUGUGACGGCAGCUACUGCCAUCGCGCCGGCCGCCACUCCCGACAAGCUGGUCAACGGAGGUACGAACGUCGUUGCACCAGUUCUAACGAGUACCUCAACCGUAACAACGUCAGCAGUACACAUCAAACAGGAACCCCCCGCAGAGAAGAGUAGCAACGAUCAUCACAGUCACAGCAGCAGCAGCAAGUCUUCAUCGUCGUCGUCCAAGCUGUCCAGCGCGUCCUCUUCGUCGACGUCGUUGCACAAAAGCAGUAGCAGCAGUGGCGGAAGCAGUUCUCGGGAAUGUUCCCGCUGCUACAAGCGGUCCAAAAUCAAGCGGGCCAACAUCGGGAUUCAGUGCAAACGGGGGGAAAAAGCGGAGACCGCAAUCGGAGUCGGAGUCAUCCCACAGGAACCGUGCUCGCGGAUAGCUACCGCCAACCGGGACACCAACUGUCACCGCCGGGGUCUCGAUCAUCUCAAGUACGGCCGCUUCAUGCGCAUCGAGGUCCACCCGAACGGGGGCGCUUCCGUUGUGCACAUGUACCAGGACGAAAUCAACGUCCUGCCGGAAACGGAGAUGGAAGAGCUGGUGAACGAGUUCUUCCAGGUGUGCUUCGCCGAGGACGAGGAAGGGUACGCCGAUCACGUCAUGGGAAUCGUCCACAACGCGGCCACCUAUCUGCCCGACCUGCUCGAGCACAUGGCGGAGAACUAUGCGAAUUUGACGGUCAAAGCGGGAGUGCUUGGGCGCAACUCGGACAUUGAAACGUGCACGAUGGCGCAGUACAACGAGCAGGUCGUCAAAAACUACUCGCACGGAACGGUCCGGUACGGACCGCUGCAUCAGAUCAGCUUGGUCGGGAAGGUGCACGAAGAGGUCGGCGGGUACUUUCCCGAUCUGCUGAAGCGGCUCGAGGAUAAUCCGUUCUUGAACAAGGCAAUGCCCUGGGGCGAGCUGUCGAUCGUACAAAUGGACCCGCGCCUCUCGAACGACGGCCCCAUCCUCUGGAUCCGACCGGGCGAGCAGCUCGUACCGACGGCCGAACUCAGCAAGACCCCGAUGAAGCGGCAGAGGACACGCAUCAACGAGCUGCGCAACUUGCAAUAUCUACCGCGGCUUUCGGAGGCGCGCGAGACGAUGAUCGACGACCGUACGAAGGCGCACGCCGACCACGUUGGCCACGGCCACGACCGGAUGACGACGGCUGCCGUUGGUGUUUUGAAGGCGGUCCGCUGUGGCAUUCCGGACGAGUUGAACCGCAUCACGAAGGACGUGGUGGCGUUCGAUGCGCACUGCUUUCCGCACCUGGUGGAGAAGCUGCAGCUGGACCUGCACGAACCGCCGAUCUCGCAGUGCGUCCAGUGGGUGGAGGACGCCAAGCUGAACCAGCUGAGGAGGGAGGGCAUCCGGUACUCGCGGAUAUCGCUGUACGAUAAUGAUAUCUACUUCCUGCCGCGCAACAUCAUCCACCAGUUCCGGACGGUGACGGCCGUCACGAGCAUAGCGUGGCACCUGCGGCUCAAGCAGUACUAUCCGGACCAGGAGAUUGUGCAGGAGAUUGCCAACGGGUACGAGGUGGAUCCGCCGCACUACAAGGAAAAGCAAACCAUCCUGCCCCAUCCGGUGUCGCUGGAGGUGGAGAAGAAGCACACGCCGGUGAAGCGAACGCACGAGGGCAAACCAAAGAAGAGCGAGAAGAAGGAGUUGAAUGCGGGGCCACCGCCGCCGCCGCUUCCCGUGGAUGAGAAGGAGCCGGCAACGCCGGAACCGAAGAAGGUCAUGGUGGUGGACGUUGAGAAGCAGGUUAAGGAGGCGAAGAUCGACAUGAGGAAGCUGGUGCGGGACGAUAAACCGCUGAAGGAUGGCAAGAAGAGCAGUAGCAGUUCAAGCCAUAAGCACUCGUCGUCGUCUUCGUCGUCUCACAAGUACCACAGCAGUAGUGGUGGAAGUAGCAGCAGCAGUAAGAAGGACAAGCAUCGGUCGAAUGGCGAGCGGGACAAGAAUAAGGACCGAGACCGGCACUCGGAUCGGGAUCGAGAGAGGGAGAAGGACCGUCACCGGCACAAGCACAGCUCUUCGUCGGGAAAAUCGUCGAGUUCGUCGUCCUCGAAGCACCACCACGAGGAACGUCACCGGAAGCUAUCCCACUCGUCGUCGUCCUCGGAUCGGCAUCCGCACAGCGGAUCAAGUAGCCGGCGGGAAUCAACCUCGAGCGUGACGAAGGACAAGGAGGUCGGCGGCGGCGGUGUCGUGAGCGUUCCAGCUCCGAUGGUUCCGCCCGUCGCGGCCGAGAUCGAAAUCGAGGAGAACGUCCCGGAAGCGGCCGUAGACGUGGUGGUCGUCGAUGGCCAAGCCAUCAUCGAGGAAGUCGUCACCACGGAGGAGGUAACCGCGAGCAGCAAUUACGAGUCUGUGAUAAACUGCAACGACGAAGUCGUCGCAAUGGAAACGACCAUCUCGGCCGACGGGGACGAGAUCAGUACGGAGACGCUGCUCCCGUUGCCACCGGCGCCCGAAGAGGUGGCCCAGCCACCUCCACCGCUACCGCCGAUGCCGCCACUUCCUCCGUUGCCACCGACUGCGGCACCUGCAACGCCCACGAAGCAGUCUCCGCCUCCGCCACCAACCUGUCCAUCGUCGGAUCCCUCCCCGAAGCUACCCAAGAAGCCCAGCGUUCCAACGCCGCAAAAAGUGGUUCCGCCGGCGACGAAGGUCAUCAACAGCGGCAACGUCGCGACGCCCGCCAAAUCAUCCAGUGAUCUGUUAAGUUCAAUUAUGGCAAGUAUGGAGAGCACACCGAAUCGAAACGCAAACAACUUUUAAUUUUCGUCCCCUUCCCCGUCCUCGUGUCCUCUGCUGUGUCUUCUAUUGGUCCCUUUCUCGAUUGUCCUUUCGCCGCUCGUCUCAUUGUCAAAGUUUCUUGUUUAUUUUUCCCAAUUUUCCCCCCACAAAAUUUCUGCUUUCCACGCAUCACACUGCCAUUGCUCUUAAAAAGUUUCACAAAUUUUUAAAAACUAAACACGGUAAAUGUGCUCUCAGCGCUUAAUCACGAUCUCUGCUCCAUUUUUUUCCGUUUCCCAAAUGGCUGCACGAAAGUUAAAGAUUAUUAUUUUAGAAAAAAAAAAACACGGAAUUUUACGACGUUCCCGUGUGCAUUGUUAUUCCCAAAAUUCCCACAACCUCCAGACAUUAACAACAGCAAAAAAAGUGUGUAAGGAAGAAGAAAACAACAAUUAAAACAUAUUUUGAGAGCUGCUCCCAAGGAGCGAGCAGCCAAACUUUAAUAUCUAAGCAAAUAAUUAAAUAGAACGUAAGUUUAAUGAGAAAGGUAGUUUAAAAAAAACAUAGAUUCAGGAGCAAACAAAACAAACAGUUAAGUAACAAACCAACUAACAAUUGAAACAAAACAAAAAAUCGAACGGAACGAUAGAGACAAACACACACACAAAAAAAAAACUGUUGGGUUUCCUUGUUGAUAUGAUCUGUUAAAAACCGGCUAUAAUUUAUCAUUUGAACAGCGCGGAAGAGAGAGAGCGAGAGAGUUAGAAAGGGGACAAACCUGGGGAGGGAAACGAAAAUGGCGUGCGUGUAAUGUCGCUUGAUCGUUUAUUUUUUCUUUCGUAUGUGUAAUAAAAAGUUUCCCAGAGAAGAAAAAACAGUUGAGAGGAAUGCGCGCGAAGUUAUGAUUAAGAUGUAACUUAUUAAUUAAACUGUUAUUCUACGCAGUAACUUAUUCAACAAAAAAAAACACACACACCUUGGUCUCAUGCAACCACACAAAACAAACACACACUAUCGAUUUUAGCACCCCUG